ACAAGGCGUGUGCUAUCAGAGUACCAACCAGCACUUCCUUCACUCUGUUGGCUGUCAUUCUAUAAAUACAUAUACAGAUUUAUUUUUUUGUAUGUAGGUCUGGAUAAAAGCUUUUUAAUCCCCAUUUUCCAAAUUCUGCGCUGGAUUUGUGUUGGAGUCUCAAGUGCAUCGACAUCCUGGAUUUGAAAUUUCGGUGAUAGACACAUUUAUAUUUAGAGAGAAUUUUUUUUUGUUGUGUGUGUCUGAAGACAAGUUGGGCUUCAAGCAACUCUCUCUCUCUCUCUCUCUCUCCUUCCCCUCCUCCCUCCCAACUCCAACACCACCUUCGGUCGCCAGCAGCUGUUUGAGACGGAUCCAUUCUGUCUGUCUGUCUGUGUGUGAGUGUGAGUGAGUGAGAGAGAGAGAGAGAGAGAGGAAGGUCUCCGCCGAGCGAACUUGGGUCUUUUUUUUGCAGCUGGUUCGGGCGAGGAUCUGAAGUCUGUUCGCCCCGUGGAAGGAGAGGGAGAGGGGGCACCGAGGAGUGGACAGCCCGCAAGGCGAGAGAGAGCGAGCGAAGAGAGAAAAUUCAUGCUUUAUUCACAUUCGGGGGAUGUUACAGUGAAACCAGUGGAUUGACGGCGAGAGAUCUCCUUCAACUUUCUUUUUUUUGUAAUUGACGACAGUAGAAGUUUUUUUUGGGGGUCUCUCGGCCCUUCGCCUGAUUUCUGUUGGGAUACAAUAUUUAAACCAGCAACAUGAAAUCGUUUCUAAACUUGAUCAACUGUUUUCUAGUCACCCUGCUGUACGUUGACAGUACGAAGAUGGCGCACAUCCCGAACGAAAGAGCUCUCAAGAGCGAAGUGAUCAAGUUCAUGGAGGUGUGGGACAGGAGUUUUUGCCAACCGAUGGAGAUCCUCGUGGAUAUCUUGCAGGAGUACCCAGAGGAAGUGGAGCACAUCUUCAAGCCUUCUUGCGUGCUUCUGAAGAGAUGCGGGGGAUGCUGCAGCGAUGAAGAGUUAGAGUGUGUGCCCACUGAAAAGAAAAAUGUCACAAUGGAGGUAAUGAAAAUCAAACCUCACCAGGGGAACCAUUUAAGUCAAAUGAAGUUUGAGGAACACACUAAAUGUGUUUGCAGAUCAAAGAAAGGUAGACGCGAUGCAGCAAAAAGGUGUGAAAAACCCAGGAGAUGAGAGUGGAGGUGUAGAAACAAGAUGUAUUUUCUGUGAGUUUUUUUAAUCAUUGCUUAUUUUAAAAAAAAACGGUGUCUUGUUUUUUUUGAGAAAGAAGACAGACACAUGAAGGAUUUGAACGAGCACAGCACUUUGAAUUCAAUAAAAAAAAGAUUUCUGGAGACAAAUUUAAAUAAAACAAAAUGAGUCAUUCCUGGGAAGAAGGCCUUCUGUGACUCGUGGUGAUAUAUAAUUCUAAAGAGGCCUGGUAUUAUUGAAACACAUGCUGCUAAAAUUACUUGGAAAUCUGAUGGUGAAGAGAUGAAUCCAGACUUUUUGGUUCUAUUCAUUGGGUCAAUCUUUAUAAGACAUAUAGAAAAAAAAACUCAAGCUUGCGAAAGAUUUCUUGUAAUGACUGAAGAUCUAAAUAUAUCUUAUAUAAAUAUACGGACGCUGAAGAGCUUCAAGUCAAAGACCCGCCAUUUUCCAGGGAAUGAUGAGCAAGGAAAAAAGACCUUUUAAUUGGAAGGGUUGGACUUCAGGCCGGGGUGAGUGUGAAGAUGAUAACAUGUGCCUCAAGACUCUACUUUUCGAAAGAGAGUUGGAGACCUCAGCUCGAACUAACAGCACCCUCGUAACCAAAUCUGGCAGUGACUCGAAGCCAAACCAACAAAGAGGAUCCGACCGGGAGCCCCGCACACCACGCUUCCCCAAAACCCUCUCUGCUGGGGAGAAGAUUGUUUCAAUCCUCUACACCACGCCACCCCCCCCCCCCUCCAAAACCCCCAACCGCCCUACCCAACCUGCACCAAUCCCCACCCCAACAACUCUCCACCCAACAGCAGCCUGGGUCCAGCGUCUCCAGGGAACGGUGGUGAAAAUCUGGCGUCGUGACCGCCGGAACAUUCAAAAGGGAUAUCCGGGCCGCGACCAAGCAACACAUGGGGGAGACGAGAAAGGACUGCGGAGGUGUAUAACCUGACAAAACAACGAAACCAAAGGGCUGGAAGGGUUCUGCAGAGGAAAUGUUUUUUAUUUGCAGGCUGGAGAUGUUUUUUUUCUGCUGCUCGCUUGGCCGUACCUUUAGACAGGCCGUAUGUGUGUUUGUGUGUGUGUGUGUGUGUGUGUGCGCGUGUGUGUGUGUGGGGUGGGGGGAGCGGGGUGGCAGCUGGUGACUUUAAGCCAAUUGGCCGUUUUGUUUUUGUCUUCGAGAUUAUAAACUCCCCGCAACCCUUCCCAUUUCAAUUGUAAAAUGAAGACCGCCCCCCCCCCCCCUCCGGCCCUCAACCACACAAUGAACAGCGAGUAGUUAACACUUCCCUGUCAUUCGGCUGUGACUCACUAGUCUCUCCUAUAGAUGUGGUACAAUUCUGUGGGGAACGAGGGGGCUUGGGGAUGUCGCAUUGACAUUUCUGAUCUGCUCCCUUGAAUGAUUGCAGAUGUAGAAUGUUGCUGGGGGUGAGGGGGUUGCGGUGGGAAGGGUGGGGUGGGGUGGGGGGGGGAACGGCGUCAGAGGUCAAACGGGGGCUACCCGGUUAAAAUCGGGAGUAGUCCAGCCUUGUUGAACCAAAGGCUGGCUGUGACUGAAGCAAGGAAAUAACCAAAACAGGGCCAGCCACUGUUGAACCCACUUUGGCUUCUGCACUGGUCGAGUCAUGUCCUGUCAGAGUGUUCACCACAAUUCAGCAAUAUGCUCCCCACCCCCCCACCCCAUCCCCAUACAUUCACACACAUGCGGGAGCAGAGGGGGGCAUGGACCCCAUUUAAUUAGGAGAGAGGGUGGGCAAUGAGACUGUGCACCGUGAAUGCACCCUUCAUUAAGUGUUCAUCCCGUAUAUAAGAAAGGGCCUAGAGCAGUGGGUGCAGACCGAACUCAUCCCAAAAGCAAUUUGGGACAGAGAGCCAAGGUCCCAAGUCAAGCAGUAGCAGUCAUGUGUGAGAAGAUAAUGGAGAUAAUCACCCGAGCUCUACUGAUCCUAAAUCUGUAUCCCGAUGGGUCUUGUUUAUGUUGGGAGGGGGAGUGGGUCAGUCAGUGAAAAUAUACUGUGUAAAUUUCUGUUAAAUUCUUCAACACAACAGAACUGAAUCUCGUGAAGCAGUGUUAAGUGUAAAUGCAUUCGUUGGUGUUUCGUCGUCGUCAUGACAAUUCAUGUACUCUCUCCGGCAUGGCUCCCCAACCUUCCCCCCAACCCCCGCCAAACCUUCCCGCUCCCUUCUCACACCCCCACUCUUCCCCCGGAGCUCCCAGCUCGGCACUGACUCGGCACCCCACCUCCUCCGCCAAGCUAGAGCUUAAGGCUAAAAACCAAUAUGGCGGCAGCAAAACCUACAGCAUGGGUCUAUGGGUAGCGGUGACCGACUGGAGGGACUGCUGACCACAACAGCCUCCUGUGCACACCCCCCUCCCCCCUCACUGACCCCAAUCUUGUGAAUUGAAGCACAUUCCUGCACACAUCAGGUUGUACGCCUAGUUGGCGUGCUCCAAAUGGGAGGCCAAAUCCUGACCUCCAUGAGCCGGGUAGCAAAUGAAUACCCUGGCCAAACAAUACAAAAAAAAUUCAAACCAGCAUGCCAGAAACAGCCCUAAUCACCAACAUUUCCGUAGCAUUUAAAUUGAUUAGAAAAUCAAAGCAGGGAUCCAUUACAGACAAAUGACCUGAUUUGCUUUUUCUUUCCUUGUAUGGCACUUGGCCCAGGUGCUGCUUUGCAACAUGAGAUAGAAACACAUAGCUCAAACGUACUCGCUCCUAGACCUGCUCCUCCUUUCCAACACACCCUCCCCUCCCCUGAAAGGCUGAUGCUUGAAGGACAAACUUAAAAUCUAACUGUUAUGAACUGCUGUGUACUUUGGAAUUAAGAAAAUGGUUGGAUUAAACUGCUUAUUCAGCCUGUUAUAAAUUAACAGAAGGAGGGGACGUAAGAAAAAUUCACACCAGUGAUUCUUUGCGCAAUGUUUAUAGUCACAUUUUUAGUAUAUUUUUUGUCACUUAAAGUAUAUUUAUUGGUGCUACUGUCUCUCUGUUCAUAAUUGUUAAAAGAAUACUGUUUAAAUAUUAACAAUAUUAUUUUGUGUAGUUAAUUAUUCCGUAGCAUCACAUAUUUAUUUUUAAACUAAAAUAUGUUAAGUGUUUUUUAUUAAAAAAAUUGUAAUUGUAAA